CUUCAAUUCUUCAACUAAGCUCCUAAGCUUCGGCGCUACAACACCCAUCUCGUCUCUUUUUUUGCAUCCUGACAAGUUAUCGGAUUUAGACCUUCGAGACGUGUCAUGAAUUCUCAAUCGAGAUGACCGAGACAUAUCCUACUCUUGCGCAAUGCGCAAUAGUUUCAACAGCAUUUAAGAUUCUCCUGUUCCCGGCCUAUAAAUCUACCGAUUUUGAGGUGCACCGAAAUUGGUUGGCAAUAACGAAUAGUCUACCAAUAUGGGAAUGGUAUUACGAGAAGACUUCUGAAUGGACCCUGGACUAUCCGCCCUUUUUCGCAUACUUCGAAUGGAUUUUAUCUCAAGUAGCAAAGCUGGCCGACCCGGCCAUGCUUCGGGUUUAUAAUCUAGGCUACGAUAGCUGGCAAACUGUAUACUUCCAGAGAUUCACGGUCAUCGCCACGGAACUAAUACUGUUAUACGCCUUGCAACUCUUCGUUGAAUCUUCACAUGGGGUAACUAAGCGUGCAGCGCAAGCAGCCGCAAUCUCUGUUCUCCUCUCGCCCGGUCUUCUCAUUAUAGAUCAUAUCCACUUUCAGUAUAACGGAGCUAUGUAUGGCCUUCUUAUCUUAUCCUUGGUCUUAGCCCGCCAAAAGACGGGUCUCCUAGCCAGCGGUAUCGUCUUCGCAGCAUUGUUAUGCAUGAAGCAUAUAUAUCUUUACCUCGCGCCGGCCUACUUCGUUUACCUUCUUAGGACCUAUUGUCUCUCGCCCAAGUCUGUCUUUCGUAUCCAGUUCCUCAAUUGCUUGAAGCUGGGGUCGGCCAUCGUCGGUAUAUUUGGACUGGCAUUCGGCCCAUUUGCACUCAAGAACCAGAUUCCCCAGAUACUGAGCAGGCUCUUUCCAUUCUCCCGCGGGCUCUGCCAUGCGUACUGGGCCCCGAACGUGUGGGCUAUGUAUUCCUUUGUGGAUCGACUAUUGAUAUUUGUUGCACCGCGGCUGGGAUUGCCGGUCAAAUCAGAGGCUAUUAAUAGCGUUACAAGAGGCCUAGUAGGGGAUACAGCCUUUGCAGUACUCCCCGAGAUCACACCUAGGAUAUGUUUUGCGCUCACUCUCCUAUUCCAAGCCAUACCUCUCAUGAAGCUAUUCUCUCGCCCCAACUGGGAUGCUUUCAUCGGAGCAGUCACACUCUGCGGCUACUCGUCGUUCCUCUUUGGAUGGCACGUUCAUGAGAAAGCCAUUCUCCUCGUGAUUAUACCCUUCAGCUUGAUCGCUCUCAAGGACCGGCGGCAUCUUAGCGCGUUCCGCCCUUUGGCAGUAUCAGGUCACGUCUCGCUCUUCCCGCUACUUUUUACUCCUGCCGAGUUCCCCAUCAAGACAGUCUAUACCAUAUUUUGGUUAGUCUUAUUUUUGAUGGUGUUUGACCGCACCGCUCCAGCUUCGAGUCGACCACGGUUCUUCCUCUUUGACCGUUUUACUAUCCUCUAUAUUACGGUUAGUAUACCGCUAAUCGUAUACUGCUCAUUGUUGCACCGAAUCAUAUUUGGUAAGAGCUACGAAUUUCUGCCUCUCAUGUUUAUGAGUUCGUACUCGGCAAUAGGGGUUGUAGGCAGUUGGAUAGGAUUUAUGGUGGUAUAUUUUACCUCGUAGACUUGGGUACUUUAGGUAGUUAAUAGCAAAAUCAGAGUCUAAAGUCUUUUAAUGCCAAGUUAAACUAGCUGAAGUAAAUAUAGAGAGUAUAGCAAUUGUUCUUGGGUGGAACACUAUUUGGACGUUAUAGAAAUAAAAUGCACUUUAAAUAAUAAACAAUGGUCGGGAACCUCGGGUAGAGAGUUUAAGCAGAAUAGGUGACUGGCUUUUCCUGACGUACCUGCUUAG